AUGGAGCUAUCAAUGAAGAACGAAGAGGUGCCCACUGCGGCUGACGGCACAAUCGAGAACAAGGUCCUUGACAAGCAGCAAGAUGACGAAGAGGCGAAGAUGAAGAAGAUGACCGAUGCCGUGCGCACGUUGAUCGAGUGCGUGGGCGAGGACCCUUCCCGCGAGGGCCUCGUCAAGACGCCGCUGCGCAUGGCCAAGGCCCUCCAGUUCUUCACCAAGGGCUACCACGAGAACCUCGAGACCAUCGUGGGCGGCGCCGUGUUCGAGGAGAAUCACGAGGACAUGGUCAUCGUGCGCGACAUCGACCUCUUCUCGCUGUGCGAGCACCACAUGAUCCCCUUCUACGGCAAGGUGCACAUCGGCUACAUCCCCAACAAGAAG